AUGUGCGCCACCCCAGAAGCUCAUCUGCGCCACCACAGGAGCUCAUGUGCGCCACCACAGGAGCUCAUCUGCGCCACCACAGGAGCUCAUGUGCGCCACCACAGGAGCUCAUCUGCGCCACCACAGAAGCUCAUCUGCGCCACCACAGAAGCUCAUCUGCGCCACCACAGAAGCUCAUCUGCGCCACCACAGAAGCUCAUCUGCGCCACCACAGAAGCUCAUGUGUGGUGUCAGCUAUGCCCGGGACCAUGCCAGUGCCCCAGCCCUGUGCCCCUGUGCCCAGCUGGAGUCCCUCUGGUCCUGGACGGCUGCCAGUGCUGCCAGGUGUGUGCCCGGCAGCAGGGUGAGGCCUGCAGUGAUCUGUACUUGUGUGACAGCCAGAGAGGACUGCAGUGUGACUACAGCACUAGCUUCUCCGGCAACCCUGGAGAGUGUUCCAGUCAGGAGGAGUUGGGCUGUGAGAUGAAUGGGGUUUCUUACCUGGAUGGCCAGGUGUUCCAGCCCUCCUGUGCCACCCAGUGCCGCUGCCUGGGGGGAGGUGUGACCUGUGUGCCCCUGUGCCCUGAGGACAUACGUCUGCCCAGCCCAGACUGCCCAUACCCCCAGCGGGUACAGCUGCCUGGGAAGUGUUGCAAGGAGUGGGUGUGUGAGAACACGGACAAUACCAUCCUUCAGGAUGCCAUCACAGCCUCCAGAUCAGACAGGUUGUGGCCAGGCAUGUCUGGUCCCCAGCCAAACCCAGCCUUUAACUGUAUAGACCAGAGUACAGAGUGGAGUGUCUGCUCCCAGACUUGUGACGGUGGGGUCUCCACUCGGGUUUCCAACAAGAACCCAGCCUGCCGGCUCGAGAUGCAGAGCCGUCUUUGUAAGGUCUGGCCCUGUCAGGCACUCCAGCCACGCAGAAGCCCCAUGUCGGGCCGGCGCUGCGAGCCGAGCUACAGGUCAGUGGUGCCAGUAAGACUGGUGCACCAGGGCUGCUACAGCACACGAGUCUACCGGCCCCGGUAUUGUGGCCAGUGUACCGACGCCCGCUGCUGCUCCCCAUACCGGACCAGCACGGCCACCGUGGCAUUCCGGUGCCCCACAGGCAGGCUCCUACACCGGGCAGUCAUGAUGAUCCAGUCCUGUGUCUGUCACUACAACUGCCCCUACUCAGCUUCAGGCCCCUAUGCAGCUGUACCCUACUCAGUUUCAGGCCCCUAUGCAGCUGUACCCUACACAGCUUCAGGACCCUAUGCAGCUGUACCCUACCCAGGCCCUUCACGCUCAUACAGGAGCCCUGCCAUUUGGGGCUAGACUUGCAUUUCGAUUCAACCCUCCAGUCCCCCUUGAGAACCUAGGGCGUCCACCGUGGCUCUCCACCUCAAUAUGUUCAGCAUAGGGCUUUUUCCCAGGAGAUCUCCACUUUACUACUUACUGUAAGUUAUUGUAGAGAUCGAGAGCCCUAUCCUACCCCCCUUCAUGCACUGACACUCCCAUACUGAGACAUGGGAGCAACACGUAUUCUGUGUCCCAAUGUCCAUACCGGUACACUACUUGCCAAAUAGAUAGAUAAGUGGUAUACAAGUAUGGAUAUUGGAACAGAGCCUCUCUCUAUCACGACUGGAUCCAGCAGGUGUAACCUAUACCUCUUAGGAUAGAUAGGGGAAGUGAAAUGGUCUUCUGGGUAAUAAACUGGGACUGAGUUGGGGGAUAAAGCCCUGACAUGACUGGACAAGGUCAGUCUGCACUAAGACCUCUACUCUCUUCCAUUUUAUCACCUGUCAUAGGGUGACCCCAUGAGGAGGAGAAUAGGUCAAUAAACCCUAAUUAGCUAGGCUCGUCGCAGGUCUGUUUGUGUUUUUCUCUACUACAUGGUCAUUGUCAAGCCAAACAUUUAGCAUGACGUCUCCAUAAGGAGACUGACAGAGCUACUGUUUAGCAUAUGGAAGUGAACUACUGUAACACAACACGUCUUGUCUACUGAUUGACCAACUGUAGUAUCAUAUGACUAGACUAGACGACAUGUGUUGCCUUUCUUGACUCAUCUUAGGUCUUAGUGUUUCUCCUGGACUCCUGACUUAGUUGACUGAAUAAGUGUUGUUACUUACAUUUUCGUGAAUUUAUUUUACAGAAUGACACCAACUUUUGGGUUGAUAGACACUGUAUCUUGCCUUGCAAAUUCCAUCUGUUGUAUCAGUUUGUUUGUUUAUAAAUGUGUCUAUUUUGUGAUGAAAUUGUACUUUUAUUUUCUAAGUUGCUGUAAAUAUAAACCAUUCUUAUGCUUUUUGAAACAUACAACU